CGAGUGCGAGCGCUCGCUGUUUGGUCUCCUUGCUAGCGGUAGAUUGCAAUUCGGAAGGCGGAAAUCCUCUUGUCUCGUUGUGCUGGAAAUUGCGUCUCGGACAGGAAAACCUCAGAAAUGACGCAGAAAAACGCCCAGUUCAAAGGGCAGCAGAAGAAGAGCACAGCAGCAAAUCGCCACGGGAAGCAGCCACACAUCCGCAAAGGGAAGCAAUUCAAGGCACCCACAAAGAAGGGCGCAGAUUGGGAAGUCAAUAAGGAAGUAACCAAAUUUAUUGAUGCUGCGAACGAGUUAAAGGCAGCAACCCAAGCAAGCAAGGAAGGAGCGCGUUUAAGACUUGUCAAGGCUCCAGAAUUUGAUGCCACAGCUGUCCCACCGAAGAAUGUGAAGAAGAAAAAGGAGGCCCUAAUUAAGAAGUCAUAGGAAUCAGGAUUGAGCUAUGGAAAUGGCUGAGAAUCAUAUCAUCAAAUCCUUAUACGCUUGUCUCGUCGUACGAGCUGGGCCUGAAAACUUGUCACCUGCGUCUUGAAUUGUAGUAGGCAUUGUUAAAUUCGAUGCAAUUUCCUUUGUGGUCUUGAAAGUCAGGGUGAAAAGUCCGGUGGUUUUUAAAACGCACCUGCUCUUAGCAUUUCUCAGGUCUCAGCCGUAGUUCUGAUUUGGUAGGCAAAUCCAGGAGUAAGAGUAAGAGUGGUAAGAGAGCUCAAUUCGCUACAGUGGGAGGAAUGUACAGUUAUUAGGGAUGGUUUCAUCAUCCUCUGUAGCAGAUUACGGAAAUUCGUGAGUGUGCACGAAGUACCUGCCGUCUCUCAUCAAUCUUUCCUCUUCUGGUCUGAUUAUUAGCAAGCCUGGUGUAGUAAUCCAGAAGCCUACUUUGUACCAUGAGAAGCCGACCUCUGGUCUGAAGGAAAGAGGGGCUCGAGCUCUUCACCAAAUGUCUCUCGUGGUUGCCUUCUUGGAGUAUUUCUGUGUAGAAUGAAAGACACCUGCGGCCUCCUGUGACACGAGACGUUUAGACCUCGGCACCAAGUCCAGACCAACAUUUGUGCGACAAAGUUCUUAUUGAAAUUCAUCAUCCACGACCUUGGGACUGCAAAACCAAGUUCU